CUGUGCAGAGUUCAAGGGUUCCAGGGAUCUCCUUCUUGCUUCCUUUAACCCCUGCUGGGGCUGGGGCUGGAAUUUGGAGUUUGACCUGCGUGGAGGAGGCUGACAGCCACAGGUGUGGAGGACUGGAGCCCAGGGUCUCCCUGCUUCCAGUCAUCUCCGCUUUCACUGGCCUCGGAAGCCCCCCCGCCCCCCCCCCCGCCCUCCCUCCACCAGCUCCCAGCCAGAGGAGAUUGCAUCUGGAAUAAGGAGUGAUAGGGUUCCUUCAGCACCAUGGAGAGAGUCACCAGCAGCCCCGAGCCUCCACAGUCAGACACUCUGGAGGCAUUUCCCAGGAAGAACCUGGAGCCAGGGGACAUUGCUGUGCUGGUUCUCUACUUCCUCUUUGUCCUGGCUGUUGGACUCUGGUCCACUGUGAAGACCAAGAGAGACACCGUAAAAGGCUACUUUCUGGCUGGAGGGGACAUGGUAUGGUGGCCGGUGGGUGCGUCGUUGUUUGCCAGCAACGUGGGCAGCGGACACUUCAUUGGUCUGGCAGGGUCAGGAGCUGCCGUGGGCAUUUCUGUCACUGCUUAUGAGCUUAACGGCUUAUUUUCUGUGCUGAUGCUGGCCUGGAUAUUCCUCCCUAUCUACAUUGCUGGUCAGGUCACCACAAUGCCGGAGUACUUGAGGAGGCGCUUCGGGGGCCGCAGGAUCUCCAUCACCCUGGCCGUGCUCUAUCUCUUCAUCUACAUCUUCACCAAGAUCUCGGUGGACAUGUAUGCGGGUGCCAUUUUUAUUCAGCAGUCUUUGCAUCUGGAUCUGUACCUGGCCAUAGUGGGGCUCUUGGCCAUCACAGCUCUGUACACUGUGGCAGGUGGGCUGGCUGCGGUGAUCUACACGGAUGCUCUGCAGACUGGGAUCAUGCUUGUAGGCUCGCUCACCUUGAUGGGCUACAGCUUUGCAGCGGUCGGUGGGCUGGAAGGCCUGCAGGAGAAGUACUUCUUGGCUCUGGCUAGCAACCGCAGUGAAAACGGCAGCUGUGGGCUGCCCCGCCAAGAUGCCUUCCACAUCUUCCGGGACCCAGUGACAUCGGAUCUGCCAUGGCCUGGGAUUCUCUUUGGAAUGUCCAUCCCCUCUCUCUGGUACUGGUGCACGGAUCAGGUGAUCGUUCAGCGGUCUCUGGCUGCCAAGAACCUUUCCCAUGCCAAAGGAGGCUCCCUGAUGGCCGCAUACCUGAAGAUCCUCCCCCUGUUCAUCAUGGUGUUCCCGGGCAUGGUCAGCCGGGUCCUCUUUCCAGAGGAAGUGGCCUGUGCACACCCGGACAUCUGCCAGAGGGUCUGUAGCAACCCUUCUGGCUGCUCCGACAUUGCGUACCCCAAGCUCGUGCUGGAACUCCUGCCCACAGGACUCCGCGGGCUCAUGAUGGCUGUGAUGGUGGCGGCUCUCAUGUCCUCCCUCACCUCCAUCUUUAACAGUGCCAGUACCAUCUUCACCAUGGACAUCUGGACGCACAUCCGGGCUCGGGCGUCAGAGAAGGAGCUGAUGAUUGUGGGCAGGGUGUUUGUGUUGGUGUUGGUACUGGUCUCUAUCCUCUGGAUUCCUGUGGUCCAGGCCAGCCAGGGGGGGCAACUCUUCAUCUACAUCCAGUCCAUCAGCUCCUACCUGCAGCCGCCUGUGGCUGUGGUCUUUAUCAUGGGAUGCUUCUGGAAGCGGACCAAUGAAAAGGGUGCUUUCUUUGGCCUGAUCUUGGGCCUGCUUCUAGGGCUGGUGCGGCUGGUCCUGGAUUUCAUCUACAUGCAGCCUCGGUGUGACCAGCCAGACGAGCGCCCCGCUGUGGUGAAGAACGUGCACUACCUCUACUUCUCCAUGAUCCUCUCGUCCACCACCCUGAUCACCGUGUGUGCCGUGAGCUGGCUCUCGGAGCCGCCCUCCAAGGAGAUGGUCAGCCGCUUGACCUGGUUUACUCGUCAUGACCCCAUAGUCCAGAAGGACCAGGGGCAGCCAGCGGCCACCUUGCCUCCGACCCCAACUCCGAACGGAACCCCAGAGGCCACUGGCACUGUCACCCAGUUGGAAAUGGCUCAAGACAGUAUGUCUAAGGCCCACAGCGGUGACGUAACCCAUAAGCACUCCAAAAUGGUAAAGGCCAUCUUAUGGCUGUGUGGCCUGGAGGACAAAGGCCGAGAGGAGGCCCCCAGCAAAGUGGAAGCCAUCAUUGUUUCCUUGGAGGAAAGCCCCACGGUGAAAGCCCUUCUGGACAUCAACUGCAUCAUCUGCAUUAGCUGCGCCAUUUUCCUCUGGGGUUACUUUGCUUAGUGCGAGGGGGACUAGAAGCCCCAGCUCUU